GCGGUCGCAAACUGGGGGAGGGGGUGUCGGCGCACCUCGGAGUGCUGCGCUCGGAGAGCCAGGCACCCGGAGCAGCCGCCCCCUCCCCCGCCAGGACCACUGGAAGCCCCUUCUCUCUCAUCCUCUCGGGGCGGGGCGCGGAGAGUUGAGCUGCCCCAGGCGGGCGGGGCGGAGCCCGGAGCCCACCGAGCGCUGCAGAGCGAACCUCACCUCCCUUCUAGGGUUCAAGUGUGAGUGACUGCCCCAUGUUGUGUUGAUGCCGGUCUGCCAUGCUAGCCUGUCUACCAGGGCCAGGUGACCUGUCCUUUCAGCUUCUUUCUCACACGCAGAUGAACACUGGACUUCAGAAAUGGGACACUACACAGAAAAUGAGAACUGCUCACUAUCCUACCCCAGCCGAAUUGGACGCGUAUGCUAAGAAGGUCGCAAACAACCCACUGACUAUAAAAAUCUUCCCCAACAGUGUGAAGGUUCCCCAGCGGAAACACGUUCGUCGUACUGUGAACGGCCUCGACACAUCAGCCCAGCGCUACAGCCCCUACCCGACUCAGGCUGCCACCAAGGCAGGCCUGCUUGCCAUUGUCAAAGUGCCAGCCAAAAGCAUACUCAAGGACUUUGACGGCACCCGUGCCCGGUUGCUCCCUGAGGCCAUCAUGAACCCCCCAGUGGUGCCCUAUGCUACUGUGGCACCCAGCACUUUAGCCCACCCCCAGGCCCAGGCUCUGGCCCGCCAGCAGGCCCUGCAGCAUGCACAGACCCUGGCCCACGCCCCUCCCCAGACGCUGCAGCACCCUCAGGGUAUCCCGCCACCCCAGGCGCUGCCCCAUCCUCAGAGCCUCCAGCAGCCUCAGGGCCUGGGCCACCCUCAGCCCAUGGCCCAAACCCAGGGCUUGGUCCACCCUCAGGGUCUGUCUCACCAAGGUCUCCAGCAUCCCCCCAGUUCCUUGUUGCAUGGAGGCCGGAAGAUGCCAGACUCAGAUGCCCCCCCGAAUGUGACCGUGUCUACCUCAACUAUCCCCCUCUCAAUGGCGGCCACCCUGCAGCACAGCCAGCCCCCGGACCUGAGCAGCAUUGUGCACCAGAUCAACCAGUUUUGCCAGACGAGGGCAGGCAUCAGCACUACCUCAGUGUGUGAGGGCCAGAUCGCCAACCCCAGCCCCAUUAGUCGCAGUCUGCUCAUCAAUGCAAGCACCCGGGUGUCGACCCACAGCAUCCCCACACCAAUGCCUUCAUGUGUGGUCAAUCCCAUGGAGCACACCCACGCGGCCACAGCCGCAUUGCCUGCGGCAGGCCCUGUCAACCUGCCCGCGGGCAUCUCUCGAGCCCCCACUGGCUAUCCUAAUGACCUCAAGCCAGUUGCCUGGAACCAGCAUCAGCUGGCCCACCUACAACAGAUGUGCAGUGAGGCUGGUGGGACGCCAGUCCCUGGUCUGACAGGCAAGCAUGCGACAGGACGUGAGUUGGCAGGGCCUGGCUUUGUGGGCAAGGCCCCUGCCUACCCACAGGAACUCUGCCUGGCACAGUCCUUCCAUUUGAAGCCACCCAUGGAGAAGCCAACCCCAUCCCCACCAGUCAACGGCCUAGCAGCCCCACUGGCCUACCCCAAUGGUCACUACUUCCAACCCCUGUGGAACAACAUUCUGCCCACUCCCAAUAGCGACAGCUCGGGGUCUCAGGACCUCACCAUGCCGUUCCACGGUGGGCAGCCCACGGGUGCACCCCUCGACUGUGCGGCGGCUGCUGGGGCCCACUACCGAGCAGGGACCGGGGCCGGUCCAGUGGCCAGCCAGAACAGCUUGAUGCAAACAGUGGAUUACCUAAGUGGGGAUUUCCAGCAGGCCUGCUUCCGAGAACAGAGUCUGGCCAUGCUCAGCAAGGCUCAUCGAGCCCCUGGCAGCCGAGCCCCUGAUCCCACAGAUAGUCGAAGUCUUCAUAUUCAGCACCCUGGAUAUAGAUAGGUAGUCCCGGUGCCCUCCACAAGCUAUACAUCAUACACACCCUCCUAGGUUUAGUCUUACUUUUGAGUAAUUGGAUAGUUUCAAAUUUUUACUGCUCCAAUGUGAUCAUUCUUAGGUUUCUAAGAAGGGAAUUUAGUGAGAUCUGAUUGAGGACAGAGGGGGAUUCUCUGUGCCCUCAUUCUCUCCCGUCCACCAGCCCUAGCAGUUUUUGGAUUUAUGUUAGGACCUAAUCCCAAUCCCAGGCUUUUUUCUUCACUGCCUGCCUGUCAGUCAGUCCUAUGUGAUGUCCAUCUCCCUUCCCCCUUGCAUUUCCCACCGGCCACCUCCUGUCUUUUCCUGCUCUGCCUGUUUACCUUAGGACUGAGUGAGCUGAGGGCCCGAGGUGAGGUAGCUCUAGGUGCCCAGCCCCCUAAGCGAGACCUCUCCCUGUUUGUCUGUCUCUCUUUCUCUAGGACUAAAAAGCCAGGCUUCCCAAGUGCUCUGGAAGCUAAUUCCUUAUUCACCCCAAAGACCUCAAAUCAAAACUGACCAGUCUUCAUCUCUUCUCGGCCUCUCUUCAUUCCUCAAGGCUUUUAUGUCUACAUUGAUCCCAGAGCCACUGAACUUACCCUUGCCAUACUUCUCAAGGGCAUCCUGCAGGCACUUGGCCAUAGCCUUGAGACAUGGGGAAAAAAUGUGUCUUUGUGUUGGUAUCUUGGUUCCUGAUUCCCCUUUCCAGCCCUAGAGAAAUGCAGUGACCAUCCAGCAUAUCUAAGAUCCUUUUCUCACUGUUGCUUCUCCUCACUCAUCUGCUGCUCAUUCCCCACCCCCAUCCAAAAAACAAGUAAAACAAAAAAACUGAUCUUACUUGAGGAAUUAGGUAGGUAAGGGAUGAUCACAUUGGAGUUUGGAAUUAAAAACACCAAAAAAAAAAAAAAAAGGCUUUUUGGUUCUCUACACUGGCUAAGAAUAUUGCUCUACACUGUAAGUUUUAAAUGUCAUGUUUCUGUAUGAAUGUAGUGUGGAUUUGAGUAGCAUUGUGUGCGAGUGGCCCCACAGGUACAGUGACCUUCUAGACACCUCCUUUCGCAGCCCCUCAGUUUGAUGAAGAAAGUAAGAAAAACACAAAGCCUUAAGCUCUUUGAAUUCUUCCUUUACCAAAUGAGCAUGGUUCUAACAGCUGAAGAUGGGCGAACAUCAGUAACAGCCCCUCUCGCCCCUUGCCCAUUCUUCACUCAUACCCACUCCGUGCUCAACACAUCUAAUUCCCAAGAGAUAAUUAGUUCGCUAGAAAUUUAAACUUUUCUGUAACUUGACAUUUAGAUUAUGUUUUGUUGUGAAUUUUUUUGCACCCUCCUGUUAAAGAUGCAUAGUUGGGCUCUGCCUUUUUUUUUUUCUUAACCAAAUAAGCCCUUUUUCCUCUCUUCUCUGGGGAAUGUGAGCUGAUGGUCUUAUUUAAAAUUUGGGGUUUUGUUUACUAUCCACUGUUCUUUAGCCAGAAUUCUCUAGUGAUCUGAAUCAAUGUGACUGAAGACCAGUUUUUAAAUUAUGUGUUGGCAAGUUGCCUUAUAUUUAAAAAUAGGAAAAAAAAAAAAGCCUGAUUGUGUUAUGCCAAAUGAUAGCAACAUGAAGUCCUAAUUUAUUGUUCCUGAUUGUUUUCCUGACGUCUGUGAACACUGGUACCUCCCUGUCCCUGAGCCCCCAGGAGCACCUGUUGCUUCUGGUGCAAUGCCUUCUCCCAAGGUGUUGGCCACCAUCUCACCCAAGGCCCCCUUCCAGUUCUUCCUUCUCUGAGUUAAAUCGAAAGAGCACUACUGUCUCUCCUUAACCCUUGCUUGAGCUCCAAACCAGAUAUUUUUGCUGUGAUUUUUUUUCUAAUGCCUCUCCCCAAAAGGUGAGCUGCCAUUUUAGGAAAUUGGACCAGACACCAACUUGGGGGCUUUAUAUCAAACCUCAAACCCAUCUCUUCCUGUGUGGGGGUGCAAAUCUCUGAAGCUCUCACUCCCACCCCUAAUCUGCAUGGAAAAUGUACUGUGACCCCACCUUCGCCCCCAACUGCCCUUGCCUUUGGUGUGAGAUGUUUCCUAGUUCACCCUGAGCUCCUCACCCCUCUGCCAGCCAACCCCCAGCCAGCAAUAAGAGGCCAAACCAGGGCCUCCUAUCUAUAAUCCCUGCCUCCAUCCCACACUGCCCCUAGGGAACACUCGGUUUCCCUGAGCUGUCCACAUACUGUAGCAUUCACUCUCCAUCUCUCAUCUUCUCACCUGUGGUGGUUUAUGGGUGUGAUGGGGUUUUUAAGAUUAUUAUAAACCAGUAAAAAGAAAAAAGUCACCUUUCAAUCUUGUCCUAUUUGUUUAUAGUGGUUUCUAACGUCUCAUAUACUAGAAGGGAAGUAAUUUCUCAUUUUUAAGAGGGGAACCCCCGUUCAUCCCAUUCAGAAGCCCCUCCCCAAUCCAUUAUUGCAGACCAGGUAUUGGGAUUGUAAGGAAUGAAAUUUGGUCAAUCUCCAGGAGGUACCCAGGACCUCUCCCUAGGCAGGACUGCUAGGGCCUUGGUGGGUUAGUAUGUCUUCCAUGGAGGUCUGAAGUGUACUGCCACUUUCACUCCAAGGAUCCUAAGUCACUGAAAAAUGGGUAAUUUGCUAAUAAGCUAUUUAUACGUCCCUCCCUCCACUUCUCCCACCUCCAACAGGCAUUCUGAGGGCCUCUGACAGACGUGGAGGUAGUAAGUGCUAUAAUCUGUAAAAUGAAAAGUAACUCUUGGUGAAUCUUAGGGGUUUAGUAUUAGAGAACUUUCCCCUUUUUUGUCUGCAGAGGGGAAAAAAAUCUAAGAGAGCUGUUUACAGCCCUAGUUGGUUUGGCUCGAUGGAUAGAGAGUUGGCCUGUGGACUGAAGGGUUCUGGGUUCAGUUCCGGUCAAGGUUACAUGCCUGGGUUGUGGGCUUGAUCCCCAGUAGGGAGCGUACAGGGGCAGCUGAUCAAUGAUUCUCUCUCAUCAUUGAUGUUUCUAUCUCCCUCUCCCUCUCUGAAAUCAAUAAGAUAUAUAGAUAUAUGAAAACAAAAGAGCUACUCACAGUUGAACAAUGGGGGUAGAGAAGUUAGAGGUGCCUCUAACUACCCCCAUUCCUGCAUAGUCUAAAAUGACUCUAGCCCUAGCCAGUUUGGUUCAGUGGAUAGAGCAUCAGCCUGCAGACUAAAGGGUCCCAGGUUCAAUUCCAGUCAAGGGCACAUGCCUGGGUUGCAGACUUGAUCCCCAGUAGGGAGUGUGUAGGAGGCAGCCUAUCAGUGAUUCUCAUUGAUGCUUUUGUCUCUCCCUCUCUGAAGUCAAUAUAUAUAUGUGCCUAAGUGACUGGACAACCGGCCGGUAGCUAUGAUGUGCAUUGACCACCAGGGGGCAAAGGCUUAAUGCAGGAGCUGCCCCCUGGUGGUCAGUGCACUCCCAUAGCCAACCUCCCACAGCCGGCCAACCUCGCAUGGUCCCUCCCCCAGCUGGCUGGCCCCAAUUGGCCCUGGUCACCAGCCAGGCAGAGGGACCCCACCCAUGCACAAAUUUGUGCGCUGGGCCUCUAGUGUUAAAUAAAAAUAAAAUAAAAUGACUCCAAAAGCUUUACUAAUAACCUGUUGACAGGAAGCCUUACCAAUAACAGCCGAUUACACAUAUUUUGUACGUUACAUGUAGUAUAUGCUCUAUUAAAGUAAGCAAGAGGGAAAAUGUUUAAAAACAAAGCAAUAUAUUUACAGUAUUUAUUGGGGGAAAAAUCCAUGUAUAAGUGGACUCGUGCAGUUCAAACUCGUGUUGUUCAAAUGUCAACUAGAUUCCCUGGUCCCCCUUUCAGUUGGUUGAACAUCAUCCUGUGCAAUGAAGAAGAGUUACCAGGGCAUACCUGAGUUGUGGGUUUGAUCCCCAGUUGGGACACAUACAGAAGGCAACAAAUCGAUUUUCCUCUCUCACAUUGAUGUUUCUUUCCCUAAGUAUGUACUUGGGUGAGGAUUAAAAAACAAAACAAAAACCUGACCUGAGUUCCACAAGGCAACUGUGACUGCCUGUGACACCACUGGAAUGAGGGCUAGGCCUGAGUAUGGAGUUGACUGCAAUACACUAUUGUUGCACACAACUCUAGAGCGUAGGUUCCCUGGAAUGGUACAGUGGCCGUCUUCCCCGAAGACUGCCCAAGCUUGAUCCAUUGUAUCUGAUUGCUCUUGGAAAGAUGGUUCCAUCUGUUGCCUGAAGCAAAUGCUUAAGACAUUUCUUCUGCUAGAGCAAUGGUUGCAAUCCGGUGGUCUGUGAGGUCCGAAAGGUUGUUGACCGCUGGUUUAAGGACACGAGCUAGAGCACAUGUUGUCCCUACCAGCUUCCAGGAGUCAUUGUCUCAGGGUGGUUUUAUCUGAUGAAGAGGCCAUCUUUAUUAUAAAGGCAGCCAGGACCCGUCUCUCCCUAGAUCAGUGAAUUUGACCUUUUGAAGGCUAAGCUGGUGGUUAGUUUCUCAGGCUGAACUACAGCCCUUGAACCUUCCCUCUACUAGAUAAGUUUCCAUCAUUGGGCCUCUUCUCAGGGCCAGCCAAGGGUAAGGCACUUAAUGCUGAUUGGAUCAUCUUUACAGUAAAUCUAUGUGAGCAGGUUACUCUCAUUUUACCAGGAGAGCAAAAUGCCUCUCCAUAUAGCUAAGUAACUUGCCAAAAAGGAAGCAAGGCGAGGAUCCAAAUCUAACUAUUGGUAAAAUUAUAAGGAAUCUAUACAUCUAGGAAUUGCUGAAGCUUGAAACAGAAUCCAGGCCCUGCCCCAAACCGGCUCAAGUCAAUACACUUUUCUGUUCCUAUUUCAUCUGUUAAAUGUGGAUAAUCAUAGGCAUCCACCGAGGUGUAUAUGAAAAGCAAAUGAGUAUGAAUGAGAAAAUCCAAGCACUGUGCACCUCAAAGGCCCCUUUGCUCAGCUUAGUCUCUGGAUGUGGGCUGGGCUUUGGAGUUAACAUUCAUCAAGCACUUAUUUUGUGCUAGGAACAUGCUUUAUCUCUCAUUAAAUCUUCAAUACAGCCUACUAAAAUAGGUUAGAUUAUGUUGAUAAAAACUAUAUUUCACUUGAUGGUUGUAUUAAAUAAUGCAUGUAGUGUCUGCCACAUGAAAGUAAUCGCCACCAGAGGGCAGCAGCAGGCAUCUCUUCCACACAAAGCCUGGUGCACUCCCCCUGUCGUCCACCAGAGGGAGACCCGUCAGGGCAGCGGAUCCUGGGGGCAAAGGAGCAGCCAGUCUGACUGGUCUUUGCUUUCACAGUUGGGCCCAGCCUUCCAGGGCCCUAAUCAACCCAGAUGAGUCAGACUGGAACCAAAUUAAUAAAUACAAUUCAAGAUUUAUUAAAAAUCAGGGCUCCCUGCUGUGCUCUCCAGGCACUAAGUAAAUAAAUAACCAGAAGACACAGAGGGAAGAGAAAUCAGAUCCCAAGACAGAUUCUUUAACUACCCAACUCUCCCUCCCCCCUAUGGCUCUUGGGACAUAGCACCAGCAGGCACCUCAGUCCAGGUAGAAUGUGGCCGGCACCAAGGCACGUCUGCCCUGCCCAGGAGAGGAGACAAGCCCUAGGAUCACUUGUUUCCAAGCCCUUGAUGACCCCAAGACCUGCUCGGCCAGGGCUGAAGCACCAAUAGGAGGCACCUGAGGGUGGUAAGGAAGGGGGGAGGGGAAAUAGGGUAACAGAACCGAGGCUGCAGAGCAGCUGAAAGGGGGUCCUGCCCCCUCUCCAGGUUCAGCCAGUGCCUGACAGAGGUCAUGUUCCACCCCCCCUUUGUCCUGGAGCCCUGCCUGUGCUCAGCUGAGGAUCUUUCGUGGCAAUUCAACUGAGGCACGGAUGAAGACUGCAUCAUCCCGCACAUAGUUUCGCUUGCGGAUAUCCUGGUGGGAGAUGAAUUUGGGGUAACCAAAACCCAAAGAACUCUCAUCCAGGGAGCCCCGCCAAGUGCCUGGUUUUUGGAAAUUCUUCCAGUUUGGGUCAGGGUGAAAGGUCUCAGUGACAUGCUGCGGCUUAGCCAGCCCAGGGUCGCUCUGAUCCAGCAGGGAGAAGGUGACGCGGCGGGCAAAGGGCCACUCAAGGAGAUUGUCAAAGGCACCUGGCAGCACGCGAAUGUACAGCGAGAGAUGUGUGCCUUCCCCACUGCCAUUGCCAUUGAGGAACGCAGACACCUGCAGCUUGUAGCCAUACUUAUGUGUGUAGAAGGCUGGGCUGAAGCACUCAAGGUUGGGCUUGGCUUUGGCCUCCUGUAGCCGGCGCCCAUAGCUGCCAAUCUUCCAGAUGAGCACACCAUCACUGCCCACCGACAGCUCCUCCAGCUCUCGCCGCAGCUCCUGAAGCUCCUGCCGCUGACGGCUCACCAGGGCACACAUCAUGGCCAGAUGGGGCUUCACACUCUCCUCCACAUGCCGCGCCAUUGCCAGCUUAGGGCACUGUUGGCAAAGCCCCAGGCCAUGGGGGAAGGAAGGAGAGUUAUCAGUACGGGCAGGCCCAGGGUAGAGGGGAGGAAUGGGUACAGGGUGGCAGGCACUCCGUUCUGAUUAAGGUUGAGGGCACUAGGAGGAUGAAGCUGGCCAGCAGGGGAAGGACUGAAAGCUUCAGAGCAGCAGAGCAGGGACCGCCAAGGGGCUCAGGCCCUAGUCUAUGCCAGGCUUCAAGGAUCAAGAAGGGGACUGACAGGAAGGAGGGGCGUCUCACCCUGUGCUUGCAGCCGGAGUCUUUGAAUGGACACAGCACCAGGGCAGUGCUACAACUGUCCUUCAGGUGGCCUGGCAGGUCCUCCCGAGCCACGGUGCCCACGCCACACUGGUUGGGGCAGGGCACAGGCAACCUCGGGCACUGGUAUUGGUGGCUCUAGGGUGGCAGAGACAGUGGUCAGUAGCCUGACUCCCUGCUACCUGCCCCACAGCCCAGUUCAGGAAGGGCCUCACCUGGAUGGUGUCAAAGACGAACUCCUUGGUGCAGUAGGUGCAAGGCUGGGUGCGCUUGGGGCACUCAGAGGUGGCAUGCUGGGCCAGCAGCCGCCGCAUCAUACGGGCACCACACUUGUUCUCACAGUACACACUCUCUUGGGGACACACGCCCUCGUGGCUCUGUGGAAAUGUCAGAGGGGCUGAGUUAAGGGAUCCCCGGGCUACCAGGUGCCCCACUCCCUCUCUACCCUCAGCCAGGCCCCACCCACCUCAAAGGCCUCUCCACUGAAGUCACAGCCACAAAAUUCGCACUUGAGGCGCCGCUUAGGGCAGUCGUGUUGCAAGUGUGCAGGCAGAUCUCGGCGGCUCAGCUUGGUGGGGCAGCGAUUGGGGCAGGGGACUACAUUGAAGCUGCAGGUAUUCAGGUGACCCUGGCAGGAAGAGCUGUGGUUAGUGCCUGCCAAGAGAGGGGCAGUCCCCACCCCAUCAGAGCCUCACCUGUAGGUGACGAAGUGGCCCACUCCAGCGGCAGCCCUCCUCACUGUGGAUGCAGCGGAUAGGCAGGCCCAAUACCUGUACCUCCAGCUCUGGGUCCGGGUAGAUCUGGGGGCGGGAAUGGGGGAAACAGGUCAGGGUCAGAGCCUGCUCCAGUCCCCACUUCCUGCCUCCUCCACCCCCAGAUAGGCUAGCUCUACCUUAGAACCAGCCAGUCUCUCCUGGGCUUUAUUCCCCUCUGUGCCCAGCGAUAAGGGUAAUAGAGUAUCUGCUCUAUUGCUGGAUCCCAGGGUCCCCAAUAUGCCUGCACAUGACCAUCAGCCUGCUUAGUUGCAAGCAGCCCUCACACCCCCUGCCUCCUUCCCUCUGGUGGAGGGGUCCUGGCCCUCAGCCACAGGUCUGGCCAGCCAUCCAGAGGGGAGGGGAGCACUUCUUGUGGCACAGAGCAGCUCUGUGUACCCCCACAAGCUGGGCAUUGUGCCUGCCCUCCGGGGCAAAUACAGGCCUCAUUUGCAAACUAGCCUGGUGGGAGGGAACAGGCCACCUUUGUGGGGGCACAUGAUUCGGAAGUACUAGGUUGACAUUGGCCCUGAGCCUACUGGCUGCCAACCUCCACCAAGGGCAAGAGCCUCUGCCUGGCUCUGUGGACCCACCUUGGCAUAGUCCAGAGGAAGCUGGUCCUCAGGGCAUUUGAAGACUCCUUCACUGAAAGGAGAGGAGACAGGGUCAAGACUCCACACUAUAGCCCCGUGUGGCUCCGUAGUUGAGCGUCGACCAUGAACCGGUUCGAUUCCCCCAGGGUACAUGCCAGGGUUGCAGGCUGGAUCCCCAGUACGGGGCAUGCAGUAGGCAGCCAAUCAAUGAUUCUCUCUCAUGGAUGUUUCUACCUCUCUAUUCUUCUCCCUUUCUCUCUCUAAAAUCAAUAAAACAUAUUUUUAAAAAAGAA